AAAAAUGCGAGAGAAAAAAAAAUGCUUGCCACUGCUUUCGACGCUGUUAAUAAAGUUUGGUUGGGGCCCAAUCCUGAAUUCAAAGUUAAUGAGCACCAAAAUGUUGGGGAAUUUUUAUUGAAAAAACUCGAAUUGGAUCCAGAAUUUGUGGCCCAAAUAAAUGGUGACACAGGUGAGUGGAUUACAAAAGCAGAAAUUCGUAAGCGGGCGAUACGAUGUGCUCAAAACCUAAAGAAAUUGGGAUGUACUCAAAGUGAUUGUAUAUCGAUUGUUGCACGUAAUCACCACAACUUAACGCCACUUCUAUUUGGAGCCUUAUGUAAUGGAACACCAGUUAGUCCACUGGAUGUCAUUAUUCCAAAAAAAGAAAAAUCAACUAUUCUGCAAAGAGUUAGACCAUCGAUAAUUUUCUGUGAUGCUGAUGUCUUGCAAACGAUUAAGAAAAUUACCACCGAGAUUGGAUUGAAUGCAAAAUUGUUCACUGUAAAUGGAUCCGUUGACGGAUUCGAUUCGAUCGAUAGUUUGAUGGUUGCAACUGGCACUGAACGCUCUUUUGUUUGUGCAAAAAUCAAGAAUUCUUUUUCGCAUAUCGCUUUAAUUGCUUGUUCUUCUGGUUCAACUGGACCGUCCAAGUCGAUUUGUAUGUCUCAUGCGCUAUUUUUGUACACACUUUUACAUGAAAACUUUGAAUUUGCGCAUGUACAUUUGUGCUUUAGUUCGUUGUAUUGGGUUUCGGGUAUUUUGGGAACAAUGAGCACAGCAUUCAAUAAUCAUCGAAUUUUCACUUCAAAAUCAUUUUCAACGGAUUUAUUCUUUGAUGUUGUGGAUAAGUACAAGAUAAGCUCGUAUACAGGAACGCCACCUCAAUUUCAAGCCAUUAUUACCAGCGAACGAGCUAGAACCACUGACUUAUCAUCCAUUCUGAAGUGUUUUGUGAUCGGAAGUUCGGUGCCACAAGUUUUGCUUGAAAAUGUUCAAACGAUCAUUCCAAAUUGUGCUUUAUUUACGAUUUAUGGGACGACAGAAGUUUGUGGUGCGAUUAGUCGCACGGCACCGAAUGAGUUGGAACAACAUCCAAAUUCUGCUGGGCGAUUAGUUCCAGGGGCCAAUAUCAAAAUUAUUAACGAUAGCACGGGUGCAAAAUGCGGAAUCGAAGAAGAGGGCGAAAUCUAUUUAAAACUUCCAAUUUCAUCAAUGGGUUACUAUAAAGAUGAAAUGGCCACUCGAAACUCCUCGGACAGUGAAGGAUAUUUUAUAAGCGGUGAUCUUGGAUAUUUCGAUAGAUUUGGAAGACUAAUAAUCAACGGACGGAAAAAGGAUGUAUUCAAAAGUUGUUCUUAUCCAGUUUGGCCAAUAGAAAUUGAAAAUCUCAUUCUUAAACAUGGAUCCAUUAAAAAUGUGUCUGUUGUUGGUGUUUAUGAUGAUGAAAAGAUGACCGAAUUGCCAGCUGCUGUUGUCAUCAGACAGGAGGAAUGUUCAAUUACAGAAAAUGAAGUUUAUAAUAUCGUUGCCGGUCAAUUAGCUACGUACAAAUGCUUGGAUGGUGGAAUUUAUUUUGUUAAUAAAUUACCACUGACACCAUCGGGCAAAAUUGUUCGAUCAAAAGUUAAAGAAGUGGCACAAAAAUGGUAUCAACAACGGAAAAAUGAUCGAAAAAAUUGCUUAUCUUCAAUUUAAAUUCGUAUAGAUCUGAAAAAUUUGUUCAGGGCGGCGUUCAUUUUCUUGACACCACCCGGAAAAAUUAUAUUCAGCCAUUAAAAACUAUGUAUUAGAAACAUAAAACACAAAAGAAAGCAUAAAAUUUAAGCAAAAAGUUUUUUAUGAACU